AUGACGCCGUCGAGUGAGGACAUUCCCGAUGGCGCCACCGCAGAGGAGGGCGCGAGCGGCUUGUCCAGGGAGGCGACGUCCGUGCCCAGCCUCCAGGAAUGCUGCAUGAAGACCGUGAACCGCUGCUUGAACGCGCGCUCCGUCCUGGAGCUGCUGGAAUUCUGCCAAAUGACAGGGGGCAUGUUUGCCCAAGGCCCCGAGCUGAAGAACAAGUGCAUGCAGUUUGUGACAAACACAUUUGAGAGUGUGCGGCAGAUAAUGGGCGAUGAGGCGCUGAGGCGCAUCCUGCCUGAGGAAGUGACUGCCCGAUUGGAAGAAGCCGCCAAGGAACGAGCGGAGACCAUCAGGAAGGUCAGGAUUGAGGGGAAGGUCGUGGAGAGGGAAGCAUUGGGCGAGGAACCGAAAGAGGAGAAUCUGGGUCCAUCUGUAUCUGGUGAAGUUGCACACAGGUAUGAUAAUCUGCGUGCGGGUGUCAGGUGGCCUAGCAACGUGGAUCCCACACGACGAGAAGAGUACCUGACAGAGGAAGAAUUCAAGAAGGUCUUCUGGUGCAGUUAUUCGGAAUACCAGCAAUACCCACAAUGGAAGCAACUGUGGCUCAAAAAGGAGAAAGAGUUGUUUUAG